AUGUCAAGGAGCGACAAUUCGGUAUCAUGGAAAGACCAACUUGUAGGAGUUAUAGUUCUUAUCAUAUUUGCCAUCACACUCCUCUUGAACCUUCUUGCCCUUCACUAUACCUAUCUGAAAGUCCGCAAGCCCUCGUUGAAGAAGAUCCCUCAUCUAUUUGUCGGUGCGCUGUCUUUAGCUGGCUUGGGAAUCGCUUGUUUUCAGUAUAUUCCGUUUAUCACCUCACGAUUUAACGGCGAGUGGUCGUGGGACGCUGGCGUCUGCCGUUUCGUCGCGUUUGGAGUCCUGUUUUUCGGUACGCUUACAAUCUCCCUUGUGGUAGUAAUGAGUUUGGAGAGAUUAGGCGCCAUGGUGUUCCCUUUUUGUUACAAGGAACGGGUAACAUUUCACAAGUGUGUGGUUUUGCUCAUCUCUCUAGUGGUGUAUUCGUUUUUACUUGCCAUUCUUCCUCAAGCGCUCAACAAUGUCGAGUUGAACGUCUCAACCGGCGUCUGUAGCUACACAUUGGACACACACAACACAGAUACCAAGGUAGUAGUCUAUGUAAUGUCAGCUCAUUACGUCCUGUCCGUUCUUCUUAUGGUGGUCUCUAACAUAACUGUGGUGUACACGCUGCACGUGCUCGAGAAGAAUUCACUCUCGGACGUUUAUGACCAAGACAGCAAACCAGAGAAGGGCGCUCGAGUUAAAAGUUCCAACACCUCGGCCUGUGUGAGCUUUGCUAAGAUGGUUGCUUUGAUGGCUGUAUGCUAUUCAGUAUGCUGGACUACCAUUCUGGUAAGUUGUUACUUUUUUCAUCUUCAACGUUAGCUCGAAACUUGCUUUAACACCCUAUAUUUCAGCGCGUGGCUUUGCUAUUUAUGUUUUGUUUGUAAAGGUUAUUAUAGAUUCCGCCAAGUCAAUGUUAUUGUAACUUUUUUGGCGCGCAUUUGGAUUAAGCAUUAGACUGGUUUCACUGCGAUCUUUACCAUAAGCGGGAACCGUUCAGCAUUUCUUUCGUUUUUCUUUUUAGCUUCAAGCUGCCUCGCUUCAAGUGGCCGGAAAUUUAAGCUGAAAACGCAGGAAAAAAUAAAACAUCUUGUCUUAAAAUUCACUUGUUUCUUUUAGGUUGAAUUCAGCAUCUUUGGUUGACUAAAACAGGGAAUUUUUGAACGCCAAAAAAAAUAGUCUUAAACAAAUUAGGGUGGCUUUAGAAGGACGGUGAUUUUUUUAGUUCUGUAAAGUGCAUGUGGCUUGCUAUAUUCAUCGAAAUGAUGAAACAAUAAACUUUAUAAAAGUUGCGACGAAAAAAUCAUUGAAAAUCAUUGCGUAACGGCAGCAGGUAAAUGUGGAUGGAACCAAACCUUUCAUUACUUUGUUUGGAUUUCUGUCGAUAUAUACCUUAGAGUUAUAAACUAAUACUGAUGCGAUCUCCCCUUAUUUUUGUUUUCUUUUUGCGACCGUAAUUUGAAAGAUAAUUAAAUGAAACUUCUAAGGUCAGUGAAAAUUAAUAUUUUGGUUGGUUGUUGCGAAUGGUCUUCUUACCAGAUGUAAAGUGGAGAAAACAUAAGCUUCAAACAAAAGCGAGUCGAGAAAAUGAAUGUUAGUGUUUACUCAAGAGCCAAUCCUAGAGUUUGAUGAUGAAACAGAACGCAACAGAAUAAUUAUAUCCGCAAGGUAUUUCUUAUCUGAAACAGCACAAAUCGGCAAUCUCGUUCUUCUUGCGUCACAGAAUUAAAUUGAAGUUUAAAGACAAGCUCUUCAGUCGAAUAAUCGGCGCGUUUAGCUGUUUCGGCGGUUGGAACAAUCGCUGUAAUAUUUAAAUAAGCCGCGUUUAUCAGCCAGGCUUCCUUGGAAACGAUGCCAUCGCGAAUUUGGUUGACGAUAACUCAAGUGGGUGAACUAUCGCGAAACAUUAAAGCUUGCUUCCUAAAAACAGUGGAACACGAAGUUUAUUCAGAAGUUUAUUAAUGGCUCGUCCGGAAAAUUGACUGAAAUUUAUUCCGUUUUAGAGUUUCUUUAACGCGUUAUGAUUUGUUUUCGUGAUAUGAAGGUUCGACAUAAUUAUGUCUCCUAAGAUGCGUCGUAUAUAAUUCAUAGAAAAAGAAGAACAUUAAACCUCUGUGAACUAGAGCCAAAUCACUUUAGCAGCCAAUUGUGCCCAUCUUUAUCACGAUUUAACUAUUUUGGCAGCUGUUUGAAUUUUAAAUACAUCGUGAAUAUUUUCUGUCGUAUGAAGCCGUUAAAGUCGUACCGUUUUUACCCGCUGAAGUGAAACGUGUCGAUAAGUCUGAGACCAUUAAAUAAAUAAAUGUACUUUGAUUUUUUUUUUCACCACACUUUCGUAAAUUGAAAUUAUGAUAAUUUUUUUUUAUGCGAUGUCAGUGUGUUAGUCGGCAAUUAGGUGUUCACGGUUCUUGUUGUUUUGAGCAACGUAAUCGUUUGAUUGUCCUAGCUAGCGCAAGUUUCUGCACGCAUUUUUUGACGCUUUGCUAUUGCUUUCAGUUUUAAUCAAUCUAGGAAUUUAUCACCAAAAUAAUUUGUAUACUUAGCUGUUUGCUGAGAGAAUUUAUUAAUAUUUUAUAAUUUAAAGAACUCCCGCGACCUAAUCUAACUCUCAAUUUCUGAAAGAUCAAGUGUCCAAAUUCAGCCUCCAUUUUUUUCAAAACCCCAGUUAGUCCAGUCGAGAAAAAAUUAAAAAUGUACCACGGGAAUGCAGUGCUUUUUGAAAUAGUUCGAUUUCAAUGUGUUAUUGGAUUUUCUUUGUUUUUCAUUUUAAAACGCUAAAAGAUUUCUUGGCAAAGCUAAAUUUCUCCAGUGCUCGCGCCUAUUUCUAUCUGCUUAUGUGAUGAUUAGGAAAAGAGAGAGAGAGGGGCGCCCGAUCUCCCAGGUUUCAAUCUAGCACUACUACUUUGCUUUGCUAUUAUUUUUUCAUAUCUAGAUUUUCAGACUGAAGUGCCGUUAGCAAAUUCACAAUUUGUAAAAAGAUAAGAUCAAGGCGUCCUUCCUGCUCCACACUCUAGCCUUGAUAAUCGUACAACUUACAACUCGAACAAUAUAACAUCCUACGUUUUGGUGCAUUAGUUGAAGUAAUUUCCGAUCGCUCCAUGGUAAAGCGAAGAAAGAGAAAACCCGACUGAAAAAUAGACUGAAAACUGCUUUUAGUCUGACUCAUUAGUGAAAGCACUUAAUGCCUUCGCUAGUGUUAUAUGAGUUAUCAUAAUAACUCUGUAGAUGGUAGCUUGUGAAGUGUAGCUGCUUUCUUUCGCCCCCGCAUUUAGCACUAAAACUUUUCGACCAAUGGGAGACGCCGGUUUCUUCCUAAGACUAAACAUAUGGGACCAUCUUGAAUAUCACAGAAUGGCAUUCGCCACGGUUUUACUGCUCUCUUGCGAAAACGGUUUGGUAAUGUCUGAAUUUUGGUUUUGUUUAAGGCUUAUUAUUGUUAGCAGCUUUUGCAACUAAGGUGCCGCCACAUAUAGCGGAAACAGUAUAUAUUAAGCUUUCGAUAUCUCUCUUCCGAAGCUGCGUUUUUCAGGGUCAGUUAUCUGCACGGUUAAUUCUAACGCCCGCAGCCGACGACGAUGAGGAAGUUGUUAGACCGCGGCGGAGAAGAAAGUGCAAUUAACAUCCAUGAAAUUUCGUAUAUUGGAAAAAUGGUUGCUGAUUGAAAUUGGCAAUAUUGUGAAUUUUUUUCCUAGUUUAAGAAACCGUGUGGACAGGUUUACAUUCUAGUUUAAAUACAAGAGUCGUACAAGAGCCUUCUCCAUCCUCGGCCUGGCACUUAACUUAUCUCUCUCUAAUUAAAUCGCGUAGAGUUGUUUGUCUCCGGGGUUUGCCCUCCUCAAGAAUCUUUACCCAACUUUGUACACGUUCGCACAAAAUCGAGGCAAUUACAUUUUAAUUGAAAAAAAAGAAAAAAAUUAUAUACAAAAACAACAUUCCCUCUUUUCACAAAACACUUAGAAGACCCGUACACAUCACAGCCACAUCUGUAUGAGUGAAUGACUGUGACUCAGUCUCAAACUGUGUAACGAUUCUCUUUCAUAGACAUACAGCAAAAAUAAAGUAAACACCAACACCUUUGAUAAUUAAUUGCAUGUUCUAAAAGCCGCUCAAAUCUCCUAGGCAAAAAAAAGUUGCACUCGCGUGGUUUUCGUCACUUAGCUUCUCAGCUUCAAGCAGUCCGCGAUCUAAAUGAUCAUUAAUUGUGCAUUUAGUCAUAUUUCCCAACUAUCUGUUACCAAAUUCAAAAGUUUUCUCUUAAAUUUACGUUAUAAAACACAUGGUGAACGCUUCAUCGUGAACUGUUGAGUUAUGGAUGCACUUGGGAGACGUCUUGGGUGGAUUGCUAAGCUCUCAAGAACUCCAGGUAUAGUUUAUUGACGUCAUCAGCGUGCUCAAUGGAAAUAUGAAACACACUCGCGCUAUUGAAUUUGACUAGGUGAAUACAGAGACCCUUAUGAGUUUCUGGUAAAUAUUCAACCUAUGUUAUAAGGUAAAAUGUUCCUUAUUUGGACUGACAAAACGCCGGCAUAAAAAUUCCCUAACUCGAUAAAACGAUCAAAAAACACGCCAAAAGGAAAGGGGUAAAAUGAAGGAAAAACUCUAUGUACUCUCCAACUACGUUUGGUCGAAUAAGCAGUUUGACACGUCGUUCGUCUUACGACAAAUUGUGUUUUGUACGCGCCCCAAAGCGCAUUUAUAUGCUUUUAUUUAAAAUUACUCCAACAAGUAAAUGUAUCUCUUUCAAUAUGGACUCAUACCGUUGAGCAGUUCUCUAAUGUAGAGCGCAAGACUCUUAUUAUUAUUGCUUAGAAGCAACUGCAUGUCUGUUGUAAUAAUAAUUUUGUUUGACCCUCUAUAAGGUCGGCGACUUUUCCGUCUCUAGUAAGAAAAAACACUUGGUUCUCAGUGAUAUCGGUCUUAAGGAGAGUUACUGUACAACAACGCAUCUCCCGUUGGUUCCUAAAGUUGCACCUUGUAAGGGAAUCCAAGACAGUCGGCUUUGAUUCUCGAUUCCACAAUUCCAGUGUUUGUCAGUGGAACUUGGAUUCCACAUUCCUGAGCUGUAUUCCGGAGUCCAAAGCUCAGGAUUCCCCAUUCCACGAGCAAAAAUUUUCCCGGAUUCCGGAUUCCAAAAGCAGAAAUUUCUCGGUUUUCGGAAUCCGGAUUCUCUUACGUGGAGCGACUGAGCCAGGUGUAACUUACAACAUUUGAUCCGUUUAAUUUUGUAGAUGCGCAUUCUCAUCUUAUACGUUUUCAACUGGCAUAACCAGUAUUUUGAUCAAGUGGUGUUGGUCUUAACAACCCUGGAUCCUCUAAUAAAUCACUGCGUUUGUCUGUGGACUAUGAGUAAAUACCGGGACGGCUAUGCAUCUUCCCUUGGAAAGGUCUUUUCCUGCUUUAAACCAUCCGAGGAAGGCAUGUUCAGGUCCGCUAUCACUCGCCUCAGCACUAUAUCAAGACGCUCAUUUAGUAGGUCAUCUUCCACUGCUCGGUCGUCCUCCAUGCGAACAUCAAGAAGGAAAUCUUGUAAGUUGAGCAUGCUUAAUGUUUAAGUACUUUUGAACUGCGCAAUAAUGUCCUGGAUACUCUUACAGAUACUCUCACACGAAAUGACUGCCUCAAGCAGUUUACUGAUGAACUACUGACCCAGAUAUUGGCGCCCUUGACCCCUCUUCCCCUCGGUGCGGAAUGCCAUAUUAACUGUUUCCUUCCCUCCAAACCCUCCCCUCCCAAAUACCCUCUCGUUUAUACGCCUUCUCUCGCGAGCGCACUAAUUGAAAGCGGUCAAGCAAAAUACUCUCUUUCUCUUUAUUUUAUUUUCCUGACGCUUUUUAAGCCCUGACCGAAAGUUUUAAGUUUUAGGUCUCAUAUAAAGGGAGGCAAUUCAGAUCAAAGCCAUUCUUCGCAUAGUUUUUCCUUUAAUUUGGAUAAAAGACAUCAGGAAACAUUUUUCCUGAUCUGCUAAUAGAUAAAAAAUUAAAACAAAAAUAAGAAGAACAUGUCCAGUUUCAACAUCCAGUCCUAUGUUUUAUAAAGAAUGUGGAAUUUUGACCUUGAAGAAUUACACCACCUAUUCUCAAAAGCUUAAAAAUAAAAAAAAAGCUUGUUUACCCACGAAGCACAUGGAAGGUCAUAUGAACUCGUUUAAACGUGUCCGUGCGUUCCAGAUUGAAUUGGAAUUUGGAAGUGUUGGUUUUUGAGGAGAGGGAAAACCGGAGUACCCGGAGAAAAACCUCUCGGAGCAGAGAGGAGAACCAACAACAAACUCAACCCACAUAUGGCGUCAACGCCGGGAUUUGAACCCGGGCCACAUUGGUGGGAGGUGAGCGCUCCCACUACUGCGCCACCCUUGCUCCCCUACUUACUUAUUUUGGGCCUGAAAAAGAAACUCCUUUAGGGCGGGGCCUCCGAGUCCCCGUAUCGGCAUUAUGGCGAGUUUUCCCUCGGGCCCUUAAUUCACCUGUCCUUUCGUCCUUUGUUGUUUUCAACAUGUGUGACUAAUUUUUCAUCCGUCCGAAAUCUUUUAACGGGUCAAGUAGAUUGUAUAACCUCACUAGCAAUAUUAUAUCCCAAUUUCCUAUGCAAAAAAAGGAAAAAGAAAUUAAAAGUAGAUUCGUUAUGCCUUUGCUCUGUAGAAAAGGAAAAAACAACAAUAAGAAAAUAAUUGAAGUAUGGAAAGUAAGCUGUGACAGUUUUUAAUGGCUUGUAACUUGCCAGAAAGAAAACCAGAGUAUUAUGUUUUACGUGGGUGUGUGAGUUUUUGAAAGAUGUCAUCGAUAUGCGCUUUUAGUGUUUUUUCUGUAAAGCUUUUCCGUCUCCCAAGCUAUUGCGCUGGUGCAAUUAUAAGUGAAUAUGUUACGGUUUGUGCAGCAAUAUACUCAUCGCGUGUUAGUGGGCGUCCGGCAUCGUGUGCUUGAUUAUGUUUCCACCAAACUAAGUGGUAAGGUCGUGACAGUCAUCAAAAAAAGCUCCUUUUAACUAUUUACAUUUCAACAAUUCAUUUCAACAUAUAUCGGAUCUCAGCAGCGUAUGAUAAUACAAUGAUUGCUUCAUCGCGUGCGUUUAAUUAUUGAUAAUAUUUCACCCGCCCUUUGUAUUAUCCUUCAUAUCCCGCGGUCAAUACGAGUGUGAUUGGCGUCGUGUUUGUAAUCUUUUCUCACCUUAUCAAAGGCUAUGUCAGAUUUAUUGAAGCUUGUAGUCACCGUUAUGAAAAUAAGACAAAUAGCUCAACACCAUAAUAAAAUUCUCAUAAUUUUGUUGUCUUUGAGGGGUAGUAAAUGUUGUACUGGUUGAAUUUAAAAAAGGCGUGUAAAAAAAACUAUCCUUUGUUAAGCAGCUUUUUUUGCCAUAACAAAGUGAAAAUUUUCAGUUGUUUUGAAGUUUUGGUGCUUGAAUUAUGUUCAUUACGUUUCACUUGAUCGACACAGGUUUUUUGUCAGUUUCAUUUUCUUUUUCUUUUUACAACCAUUGUUAAGCGUUUUAGAAAUUCAAAGUUCCUGUAGAACUGAAACAGAAACAAAUCUGUCGACCUGGAAAAAACAAAGUUGGGAUUCUAGCGGGAGACUACUUUACAAGCGUGAUCGCGGAUUUAACUUUGUUUCAGAGGUCAGUGUGUAACUAAAUGGAAUUUCUUUUGAAAGAUGACGCGUAUUUUCCUUAGAAAAUGAGAUGCAACGUCCCUCGUCAUAUGUUUUUAUUCGCUUUUUUGGACUUGACCGUACACACCGCUGAAUGUGAAUAGCAUUCCUGAUUCUCUCCCUACACUCUAUUACGUAACACUAGCACGGCUCGUAUAGCCCUUGGCAAUCCUAUACAUGGGCAUUCUGGGUUUCUUAUGAAGGGCAAGUAUCAGGCGUUCCUGGUUGAAUCCUUUUGUCUUUUUUUUUUUAUUUUAUUCGCUAUUGAUUUUCAUUUCAAACACCUGUUUAAAGCUAGUUUUCUGAAUUAUUGUAUUGUAUUUUUAUUUUAGCCGCCAUUACACACACGUACAAGCAAGUGGCUCAAAAUAACCCAGACCUGCCGAUAGAGCCUGCUGCCGAGAUUCAAUCUGAUCCCAAGGACUUAAUAGAGCAUGGUCAUUCAAGUGGUCCCUAAUAAAGUCCCUAUCUAACUAGACCCAUUUAAAAAAUGACCCUCUAUACGACUUCCGAGUGUUAUGUGCUAAAAAGAUCGAGGGGCCAUCGAAAUCCCGGCAGACCUUCGUUCUGCGAAGUAUAGGGGGGCUUUCCAUUCAACCCAAAAUUCAGGAAAUUUCCGUUGGUACAUCGAAUGGGACGGACUAUUUCGGUUUGGUCCGACCAGAAUAUUCAGGACCAGCUUUGAAGAUGGUCCACUUUGACCGGACUGGUCAUUUCGGUCGGUCGGUCGGACCGAAAUGCCCCUUUCCCUUUGACAAAAUCGUGGUCCCCAGUACCGCUCUUAUGUAUUAUGACAAGAACAAUGGCCAAAUGCGCGGUGGCUUGGGUGGGGUCCGUGCAACGGAUAUGUACAGUUCCAUUGGCACGUGAAAUUUCCGAAAUUUCAAACCGGAAUUUUGUUGAAUGGAAAGCGCCCUAGGUCAAAACUUCGUGUACCGGAUAAGGAUGACGUAAAACAAAAGACCUCUUUGUUUUCUGUUCAGGGAAAAAUCUGCUUGGUGUUUUCUUUUCUUUUGUUUUACGUGAUCUGUGUCCGGUAAACGAAGUAAAUGCCGAAGUAUACGAUCAAUGGAACUAAAAAAAAACCUAGCUCCCGUCCAUCUAGAUGAGUUUUUUCCGGUUACAAUAAAACUAGGCUAGGUUAUGGUUUUGCGUUUUGUGGAGAUGAAGCCGAGGCCUAUAAAAACACCCUUAAAAACAGCCAUUUUGAAUGAAUAAGAUUGGUCACCAAAUUGGUUGGCCAUCAAAUUCGUGACCAUUUCUUGUUGACUUUUAAUGCAAUUUCUCAAGCAGCAUAAGGCGUAUCUUAUUUAAGUCUGAUCCACUAAGAGACCCAAGGUUUGUUUUUGGCAACUCGUGCCGUAGUAAUUUUCCAACGAGUGGCAUCAGAAUUCUAAAACAUAGGCGAUUUCGCGGCGACCCAUCGCGAUGGAAACGCAGCUUCUUUACGCGGGAGACUUCAAAACGCACCUAUAAAAACGAAGGAAACAUCGCUUGUGGCGAGAGGAUUAUCCUGACUGAUCAUACAUAUUUAUUCUCAUUACUUCCCUGAUUGAAUAAACUCGCAAUAAACAGUAAUGCUGCUGGGGAUAUUUAAUACAGAUCACUUUAAGGGCCACUCGGGCUAGAGGAGAACUGGUCAUGUUAUUAAAUUGUUUUAAAUAUAUUCAUACCGUUCAUUUUCGUAUGAACGUAUAAAAUAAUUCGUGAAAGAAAGCUAUUGAGAAGCACG